AGCUCCCCAAUCCAUCUCCGUCUCCUCCUGGAGUCUAGAACUGCUGCUCGUUUGCUAAGCGACCAAAAACAAGGCAGCCCCUUCAAUUUUUUGGGUGAAGAAAUGGCAAAAACACCAGAAACAGAGCAUCCCGUGAAGGCCUUUGGAUGGGCAGCUAGGGACGCAUCUGGAGUAUUCUCUCCAUUCAAUUUUUCAAGAAGGGCUACUGGUGAGAAGGAUGUUCAAUUCAAAGUUUUGUAUUGUGGGGUGUGUCAUUCGGAUCUACACAUGUCAAAGAAUGAAUGGGGCGUGACACAGUAUCCCAUUGUUCCAGGGCAUGAAAUUGUGGGUGUGGUAACUGAGGUUGGUAGCAAGGUAGAGAAAGUCAAGGUCGGGGAUAAGGUGGGCGUGGGCUGCCUAGUCGGAUCUUGUCGCAGCUGCGACAUGUGUUCCCAAGAUCUUGAAAACUACUGCUCGAAGCAGAUACUAACAUACAGCGCCACUUACACGGAUGGAACAAUAACCUAUGGAGGCUAUUCUGAUGUCAUGGUUGCUGAUGAGCACUUCAUUGUUCGCUGGCCCGAAAAUUUGCCUCUUGAUGCUGGCGCUCCACUUUUAUGUGCAGGGAUCACUACAUAUAGUCCAUUGAGAUAUUUUGGACUCGAUAAACCUGGUAUACAUGUUGGCAUUGUUGGCCUUGGUGGCCUUGGCCAUGUUGGUGUGAAAUUUGCCAAGGCUUUUGGGGCAAAGGUGACUGUGAUCAGUACCUCAGAGAAUAAAAGGAAGGAAGCCGUAGAAAAACUCGGUGCAGAUGCAUUCAUAAAUAGUCGUGAUCCUGAGCAGAUGCAGGCUGCAGCUGGUACCAUGGAUGGCAUUAUUGACACCGUUUCUGCCGUCCACCCCGUUGUUCCGUUGAUGAAUUUGGUGAAGCCUCAUGGGAAGGUGGUCAUGGUUGGCGUACCCGAAAAACCUCUUGAAUUUUCCACAUUUUCCCUUAUAAUGGGCAGGAAGACUCUCUCUGGGAGUGGCAUUGGCGGGCUCAAGGAAACCCAAGAAAUGGUAGAUUUUGCAGCAAAGCACAACAUCUUAGCAGAUGUUGAGGUCAUCCCAAUGGACUAUAUCAACACUGCAAUGGAGCGCCUGCUGAAAACUGAUGUCAAGUACCGAUUUGUGAUCGACAUUGGGAGUUCAUCGAGAUCAGCUUAAAAUUUUCUGUUCACUUCUUUAAAUUCCAUUUUUUCUAAAGUUGUAGAAUGUCCUUCCCUGUUACUAUUUUUCCCCCAUUGUUAGGGGAUUUGAUAUCUCAACUAGUUGAAGGAAUAGACUUCCAUGCUCUGAAGGGCUAUUUUGGCUUGAUGUUGAAAUCUGGCGUCUCCGGAGACUAUUAGGUUUUAACAAGCUCAGUUGGUGUUGUUUUCAUUAUAA